AUGACGGACCUACUGCACUCCGCGCUUCACUCAGCAACCAGCCUCUCGGGACUGGCCUCGCAAGGCAACAGCGGUACGGAGACACCUGCCGUGCCAUAUUCUCGGCCUACAACGCCUGGUGCAAGUCCCACCGUUCCAAUCCAAAUCGGCUUUGUCGGUUUAGGCGCAAUCGGAGGAGUCAUGGCGAAGAAUCUGGCCAACUACCGUGCCACACACUCCCACAACGCGGCCCCCAUCCUUGUGUGGAACCGAACUGCUGCCAAAGCGGACGCGUUGUUGAAGGAGCUGGGAGCAAACAAGAUUCGGGUCACCAACUCGCUGGAGCAGAUCGCGACGGAGUGCGAUGUCAUUAUUACUGCCCUGGCGAAUGAUGAGGUCGUCAGGGAAAUCUACGAGAAGUUUGUCGCAACGUUGAAGCACACACCUCCCGCACGACACAAGAUAUUCGUCGAGACUAGUACCAUUUAUCCUACCUUUGCUGGCGAACUCGACAGCCUCGUUUCAUCGAUUCCUCACUGCCAUCUUGUCGCGUCGCCCGUGUUUGGCACCCCAGCCGUGGCUGCAGGCGCCCAGCUCAUCAUUGUCAUGUCCGGGGACUACCGCUCCAAGAAGGAAGUCGCUUACAUGCUGGUCCCUGCCGUUGGCCGCAAGGUGAUUGAUCUAGGCGGAAACAUCGAGAAAGCACCCACGUUCAAGCUAAUCGGAAACUCGAUGAUUUUGGGCACGCUGGAGAUUUUUGCGGAGAGUUACACACUGGCGGAGAAAUCGGGUAUUCCCGCCCAAGAAGUGCACAAACUUGUCAAAGAAAUCUUCCCCGCGCCUGGGUUAAUGAGAUAUUCGGAGCGGAUGUCGACCAAUAACUUCGAUGCCAAGACUGGAUUCUCCAUUAACGGUGGUAUCAAAGACGCGUCCCAUAUCCGUCGCCUCACUGCGGUUCACAACUCCCCAAUGCCAGCAAUCGAUAUCGCACAUCAACACCUGAUAACGGCCCGUGCUAUCCAUACUGGUCAAGUCCAAGCGGGAAAGGAGGCUGUCGACGUUCUGGAUUGGAGUGGAAUUGUUGCUGGGGCUCGUGUUGCUGCUGGGUUGGAUCCGUUCGAGUCUGGGAAUGUUGGUGUUGUACAGGAAGAUUAA